AUGCGACGCCGUCGACUCCCAAGGGCUGGUGCUCUGGCAGACCUCCCUCCGUCGAAGAUCAUACGCAAGAUCCUUGCGAUACAACUAGCUUACUAUGUCUGCGCUACGGUCCUUAUCUUAUUUACCGCCCUGGUGGCUGGCACUGCAUUCUCUCCUGACCUUAUACUGAGCUGGCGGACGGUUCGGGGGGAUACAACCGUCGGAUGGACCCUUGGAUUCGUCUGGUUGCUGAACAGCUCCCUGGGAGCUAUAUUCCUCCUUCUGUUCGUUUCCCGAUCAAAACUCAUACCUGACUUCGCCUUCACGCUCCAUUUCAUUCAUUUUACGAUCACAUCCUUUUACACACAUUCUGUUCCUACGAACAUGCUCUGGUGGGGCCUCCAAACAGCCAGUGCUACUUUAAUGACCUUUUUGGGCAUAUGGGCAUGUCAGUGGAGAGAGUUACGGCCUAUUGCCUUUGGGGGUCAGCCUAAUUCCAGUGCCAGGCAACCGCAAAGCCAAGCCACAGACGCCGACAUCGAGAGCGGUAUCGACCUCGAGAACAUGUCGAGGGGGAGAGGCAGAGGGCGAGGCCGAGACGGUGGUGGAGAUUACGCCGAGAUUGAUAGCAAAGAUGUUAAAUCUGCCGAGUAA